AGGAGUCCAGAGGCGAAGGCUACGGGUUGAUCUUCACGUAAAUGAGAGGAAAAUGUUGCGCAUAAAGCGCCCAGCUCCGGACGAGAGGCCAUGACAUGUGCGCGGAUUUCCCCCCAGGAUCGAAGUCACGGAGCCACACUGUUGGACAGCAUGUCCUUGUCCGCGGUCCGAGUCUGUCUACAGAUUUUAUUUCUUAUGUGCAUCGUCUCCGCAGUAUCAGGGGUCCAAAAGCUGAUGAUCACCCCUGACAGAGGCACCACCUUCAACAUCAGCAGCACUCAGGUCAAAGGUUGUAAAGUGUGUACAGGGGCAGGGAGCUCACGGCGAUGUGAUGCAUCUCUGCUGUUAAAAGGCACCACUUCUGUCUCAGUGGAGUUUGAAUGCUCCAGACCUCAGGAUGUGUUCAGGGUGGAAAUUAGCCGCAACAUAGAAUGUAACACGUCGUGCAGUGGGCACAUCGUUCUGGAUGAGUCCAGCUCGCUUCCCUUACUGGAGUUUAACCGCAAGUUCACCUGGAACCUGAACGCCACAGCACCAAAAGCGUUCAAAAUUGACUUCACCAAGACGGGUCUGAGAGAGAUUAAUCCAUCUGAGAAAUGUCCAGACAGGCACAUCUACACCCUCCAGGCCUUCCAGACCACAGGGAAUGUGACCGUAGGGAAAUACUGCAGAACGGGAUCUAUCAGUAGCGCUCAGAUUCUGGAUCUGGGCAGCUUUUCUGUGGAGGUCCCAGCAGGGCAGAAGCUGCAAAAUGACCAGUUUGAGGUGUCCGUCGGGGAGGAAAUUAAGUCCCUUGCCAAAAUCACCCUGUCGCUACCAAAAGGGAUGUCGUCCUCAGAGCUGUUCUCUCCAAACUUCCCGGACAGUUUUCCUGACGACGAUGUGAUGGAGUGGUACUUUCAGGUCCCCAGCAAACACAAGACAUCCAUUAAGUUCUUCAACCUCACACAGCCGACUUGUAUGAAAAAGGAGGCAGCGGUGGAGUACCACAGUAAAGGGAGAGCAGCGUCGGUGCUGGGUCUGAUGGAGCCCCAGCCGACUCACAAUCAGGGGAACUUCACCCUGAUGUUAAGGAACUGUGAGAUGGACAGAAGAAGAGCUGGCUCUCGUGGACUCUCCCUGAAUAUACAGGUGUCUGCUUCAAGUACAAGUUUACCAGUGUCGUGUAAAGUGGACCUGAGCGAAGUGGAGGAACUCUCUCUUUACAUUCAGAAGCUGAGACCGGCCUCUGACUGCGAGAUGAAAAUAAACUCUGUGACGAAGGAGAAGAUCAUAGUCACUUCAGACAGUGACCUGUCUUUCCAGGGCUGCCUUCCUGAAGACGUACAAGUCACCGCCAUGAGAGUCAUAGAGUGCAGUCAGCUCAAAGACUGCCCAAAGACUCCAGUCCGUCUCUUGCUGCCUGUGUUGCCGAGCUGCCUCCCCGCCCCUCUGAGCAGUGUGACCUGGAUUCUCCGUCCUCCCCAGCACGGGACCGUGGAGCUGACCUCUCCCUCUGGGCCCCUCAAGCAGUCCCUACCUGGACAGCAGUGCAAUGACAGCAUUAUUAUCAAAGUGGCUGAAGACAAUGGCAACACUAUUGGACACUUCUGCCCUCAGGGAGCCAUACAGAAGAUCCAAAUCCACACCAACAUGUCUGUCACUGUGUCCAGCAUGGGGAGUAAAUCACUGAGGACGUCUUACAAGAACAUCCUGGACGCCUGUUUUAAAGAGGAGAUAUCAGAAAGAUACAUAUUCACUGUAUCUUCAAAGAAAGACACCGCUGUCCUUGUGGCUACUCCUGGUUGGCCAGAGGGAAUGAAGCCUUACUCCACCGUCUCCUGGUUUGUCUCCGUGCCCCCAAAGAUGGAGGCGCACGUGAUGUUUGCCAACCUCAGCCAGCCCAAGUGCAAUAACCACCACACCAACAUCAAGGUGCAGAGAGUCGGCCGCCCGGAGGAGGACUACAGCCGCAGGGAGGACGAGGAGGCUCAGAGCGAGAUCACGGUCUCUGAGACAUUCUACGUCAACAUGUCCAACUGUAAGCCCGAAAGAGGACACUUCAGCGUUAUCACCAAGAUCACCCUGCAGGAGAGCAAGAGCCUUCUGUUGACCAUCAUCCUGAGUGUGGUGGCUGCCCUGUUGGUCAUCUUCAUCAUCGUGCUGGUAGUGGUCUGUGUGGUGAUUAAGAAGAAGAAGAAGAAGCUGAAUCAUCAGGUGUCCAUCUACAACCCAAAUGGCACCAUGUUCCUCCCAGGACACAACAACUUCCCCAAAACACGCGAAGACAACGAGUCCCAUGUGUACACCUCCAUUGAUGACACGCUCGUCUACACACACCUGCUGAGCAAGGGGAUGGAGAUUGCCGUCUACGGAGACACUGACACACAGCGGCCCCUCACAGGACACACAGACUCGCAUAAGCCGCGGGCGUCUGAUAGCACUGGUGCAGACAGCAUGGAGGUCGGGGUUUAUCAUUCCUUUCGGUACUCAUCUCAACAGGCUCCCCCGCUUCCCGACAGGCCUCUGAGCAAACCCCUGGUGGACAAUGCGACUGAGGACUCAAGUGACGAGGAGCAUUCUUCAAAUCUGGGGCCGAGGCUUGAGCCAGAGGGAGGGAACUGAGCAGAAGAUUGGAUUCAGCUUUCUUCUUUUCAAGUGACCUACUUGAACUUUUAGAUUUUCAUUCCCUGGCAUCUGUGUGAUUACCUGCCGUUCAGCCUUGAAAGAAGCCUCUUUUUUUUUUUCUUGAGCGUAGAUUUGCACCAAACCAGACACACAAAAUAUCCCUGUUCAAAGCAGCCUGCAACUUGUUUUUAGUUCUUAACCAUCCCUUUUAUACCAACCUUUUCCACUAUAACAAAUAACUUAUAUUCUCAAGAGAUGAAUGUUUUUCAUUUUGUGAUAUUUUGUUUAUGAACUCUUUACUUAUUAUGGGUGGGUUUGAGCAAACCUGUGUGCUGUUUACAUGCUGAGUUUUUCAUUUUUAUCAAAGCAUUGAAUAGAGAGGACUCCGCUGCUGUUGCAAUACAUAGCACAUUACCACAUCAUCAGGACAUGAUGGACUGAUGGUGACUUGUAUUGCAGGAGAUUGCAGCAGCAGUGUAUGUGCAUGAAAUCCUCUGUGUGUGCUUUUAGAUAUCAUUACACCAUAAAUGUGCCUUACGGAGAGGUCAUUACACUCCUGCUAAUACAGUGUGGGAUUUUAGAGUUGUUUUCAGCCAGGGAUAAAUAAAAAAUGAGUGCUGUUGUUCCCACA